AUGUCUGCAUAUACAGAUUGUAGACUAAGAACAAAUUUUGAAGAUGAGACUAAACUUGAAGAGUUAAUACGAAAUAGAAAGAAUGCAGUAGAACUAUGUAAAGCCAUAAGAGAAGAUCGAUUGCUCAAACAUAAUCUUGGUACAAAGCAAGAAGAAAACAUAGACAGAGAAACAUACAAGAAGUUAACAUACAAAGCUGCUAUUUCACCCCCUCUCUGUGUAGAUGAAAUUGUAAAUUACAUAAAUUCAUCAGAAGAAACAUUACAAUUACGGGCAAUUCAGUCUUACGAAAGAUUAGGCGAGGAAAAAAAUUCUGUUAAUGAUAUGAUAAAAGGUGGCAUCAUAUCACGCUGUAUUGAGCUUUUAGAUAGUAACAAACAAAAGUUUUAUAACUUCAAGGGAGACAGAGAUGAUACCGUUGAUUUGACCUUGGGUGUCUUUAUCAAGGUCAGAGCAAAGACACCUGAUACCUGUCGGAUACUUUCUUACCUGACUGAUGGAUCCAAAAGUAAUGUACAAGCAAUAAUGGAAACUGGUAUUCUACCGAAACUUUUAGAGUGUUUGACCUCUGAGAAAAAAGGUAUCUUUUUUCCAACAUUGCUUACCAUAAGAAAUAUAGUGGAAUUUGGUGAUGAUGCUUACAAGGAUGAUGUCAUUACCGCGGGAGGAUUGCCGUGUCUUCGUUCAGUGUUAUCGUUGCAUUGUGACAAGGAAGAUGUUACUGAAAAAGAAACUAUAUGGAUAAUUUGCAAAAUGGCAGGCAAUAUGGACCAAAUCCAAAGUAUAAUAGAUGCUGGUCUAUUAAAAAUAUUGAUAAACAGAAUAGCAUAUGGAAACGCACAAGCAAUGGCCGCAUGGGCUGUAUCUACUAUGAUAAUAGGAGGAACAGAUCAACAGUUUAUUCAGAUUGUGAAUAACAAUGUAUUACUGGCAUAUUGUGCUUUACUUCACUCAGAUGACUGUUACAACAUUCUUUGUGCUUUAACUGGUCUGACUAAAGUCUUGCUUGCUGCAAAAAAUGAAGAACAAAAAGAAAUAUUCGUCACGAUGUUAAAAAAAGCUAGAGGAUUUGAGAAAAUAGAAGCUCUUCAGUACCAUAAAGAUGAGCAACUGUAUAAACAAUCUGUUACUAUAAUGAAACUGUGUUCUCCUCAAAAGUUAUUCACAUUCGAAGGAGAUGAUCAAUCAUUAGGAAGUAAUAUUCAGACAGUACAAGAACGGUCGGUGUUAUCGAUAGAUACUGUCACAUCCAUUUCUGCGUUUCUUAUAGAUGAACGUGUACAAGAAAUUAUACAAGAUCUCAAUUCAACAGACGAAACAUUACAGUUUCAAGCACUUCAGAUUUAUAGGGAUUUAUUAUUUAGACCAGAAAUAAAUUCUUCUAUAUUAGAUACUGUAUUACCAUUCUGUUUUAAACAUUUAGAUAGUGAUGAUUCUCGCUUACAAGUUGAAGUAAUGUCUCUAUUAGCUGCUUUAAUUAAAAUUACACCUUUAAAAAUGCAGUAUAUUGUAAAACACGAAGCAAUACAAAAAUUAGUGAAACUAUUUCAGUCUACAUCGUUUGUUAUUAUGGAACAUGCAAUUUUUAUUACAACAAAAAUAAUCAAAGAUUGUCCGUACGCACGUGAUCUUGCUCUUCAAAAUAACGCUUUACCUAUUUUGAUCAAUUUAAUAAAACCUGGUACAUAUGAAAACAAAGAGAUAAAGAUGCUGUCUGGACUGGUUUUAAUGAAUAUGCUAUCGAGCGGAACAAGUCAACAGUUGACCGAAUUACUAAAUGCUGGUGUAUUGAUAGAAUUUUGUAAUUUAUUGAAAACGGAGGAUUAUGACAUCGUCAUUAAUGCCUUAAAAGGUUUUAGUAAAAUUUUGCAUAAUGCAAAGGAAAAGGGACAAAUAGAAAGAUUUGCCACUAUGAUCGAAGAAGCUGGAGGAUUAAAUAGACUGGUAGCUCUUCGAUGUCAUCAAAAUGAGAUGAUUUACAAAAAGUCUACAUCUAUAAUUCACUUAUACUACUUUUUGAUAAACUAA